CAGUAAAUGAUCCCAACUCGUCAUUCCAAAGGCAGUAGCGCGCGACUUAUCCAUCCGCCUGUCGAUAGUUGGGAAGGUUUCCGGUGUAGCUAUACAACUGCAUUCUGUUGAAGCAUUUAGUCUUUUGCCUUGCUCCCUCCCCUGGCUCUGGUCCCAGUGUGCGUGUCUCCCCCCUCUCUGCCGCAAUCCUUUCUCGGUUGCGCUAGAGAAGGGUUGGCUUACCUCUUGUUGAACAGUGUGAGAAGCAUUCACCAUCAUGUUAGCCUCUCAAGCGCAGACGCUUCGGUGCCACCACAAACCUGGAUUCACCUCUAAUUCUUCAGCUAGGAUUCCCUCAUACACUGGGUUGUGGAAAGCUUCGCUGCCUCGACGACCCGGGAAGGCAUUGCCAACGAGCUUUGUAUUUCGCAGCAGGAGGCGAUUGACAUGUAGGGCUCUCUUAGAGCAGGAAGCCUCGAAUUCCUCACCCAAGGUUAGUUUGUUUGGGAGGGAGCAACAGCUCUCGGGGCCACAGAAGAUAUUGGAAGGGUUGCCGGCGCCCGCCCGCUAUGUCGGAAGCGCAGCCGUUGUGGCUGGAGCGUUGGCAGCAGGAUACCUGCUGGGAGGAAGGGUGCCCAUAGGAAGGUACCAAGGGUCCCAGGUUGCUGCUGUUGGGGGAGCGGUCUCUUUGGGUGUCAUUGGAGGUGCAACUGUUUUUGCUUUUAAUGCUGCGGCUCCCCAGGUCGCAGCCGUGCAGCUGAGAAAUAAGCUUGUCAAUCACUCUGAUCCUACGAGCUUGACCCCUACUGAAAUUGACGAAGUUGGAAAAAAGUAUGGUAUCAGUAGGCAAAAUGAAAGGUUCAAUGCUGAGAUUCGAGACUUGUACGCCAGUUAUAUUACGGGGGUAAUUCCUCCAGGAAAUGGAGAUUUGAAGGGAGAUGAAGUGGAAUCCAUUAUUGCAUUUAAGAAUGCUCUGGGCUUGGAUGAUCCUGAUGCUGCGGCUAUGCACAUUGAGGUUGGCAGACGCUUAUUCAGGCAACGAUUAGAGAUUGGUGAUCGCGAAGGUGCCGUUGAGGAGCGCAGGACAUUCCAGAAGUUAGUGUACGUGUCAACUUUGGUAUUUGGCGAGGCCUCCAAGUUUCUACUUCCAUGGAAGCGGGUUUUCAAAGUUACAGAUGCUCAGGUUGAUGUUGCUGUACGGGAUAAUGCAUCGCGCCUAUUUAGUGUGCAACUCAACAGUAUCGGGCCCGAUUUUGACAUCGAGCAGAUUAAGGACUUGAGGAAGACCCAACUUAAACUGAAACUUACAGAUGAGGUUGCUGCUGAAGUUUUUAGAAGUCAUGUCCAAAAGCAACUUGAACAGCACAUUGUUUCUGCCAUGGAAAUCUUGAAAUCUCGAGCUCGGAUCAAGGACACUACGAAGAUAGUCAGAGAUCUGGACAACGCAUUGGCCUUCAAUGCGAAAUUAGGUGCUAUUGCAUCUGGAGCGGAUGCAAAUGAUCUUCUUCCUGGGAUUGGCCCUAUUAGUGUUCUAGGUGGCCAGUUUGAAUCUGACCGGCAGAUGGAUGAUCUUAAACAACUUUAUCGCGUAUUCCUUACUGAAGCGUUCGCUGGUGGCAAAUUAGAGGAUACCAAGGUAAUUGCACUUGGCCAGCUGAGAAACACCUUUGGAAUGGGCAAACGGGAAGCUGAAGAUGUUAUGCAAGAAGUUGUUGUGAAGAUAUAUAGGCGCUUGUUGGCAAAAGCUGUUCAGAAUGGCGACCUCGAGGCUGCACCAAGCAAGGCAGUUUUCCUGCAAAAUCUUUGUGACACUCUGAAGUUCGACCCUACUAAAGCUAGUCAAAUUCAUGAGGAAAUUUACAGGAAUAAACUUGAGCAGUGUGUCGCGGAUGGCAAAUUGGACGAUGAAGACGUCAAAAACCUGUUGCGGUUGCGCGUAUUUUUGUGCAUUCCUCAAGACAUUGUUGACUCUGCGCAUGCUCAAAUUUGUGGACGUAUCUUCACAAAGGUAGUGGAUGAUGCCAUUAGUGCAGGUAUCGAUGGUUAUGAUGCAGAUAUGAAGGCUGCUGUACGAAAUGCAGCAACAGGCCUACGUCUCACACAACAGGCUGCUAUGGACAUCGCAUCUAAGGCGGUCCGGGGAGUGUUUUUGACGUAUGUCAAGAGAUCAAGGAGUGCUGGUAGCCGUGUGGAGUCUGCUAGGGAGCUUAAGAAGAUGGUCAUCUUCAGCAACAUAGUAGUUUCAGAGCUUAUUGCUGAUAUUAAGGGUGACAUCCCAGCUGCAGAGAAAGGAGAGACCAAGGAAGAAACCAAGAAGGAUGAGAAAGAUAUUGACCUUGAGGAUGAGGAGGACUUUGAGAACAUCCAGUCUCUGAAGAAAACCAAGCCUGGAGCCCAACUUGAAGGCCGCAUGGAAAAAAGUUCACAAAAUGAAAUCACAGUUAGAGAUGAACUGGAAUUACGUGAGCGGACGGACCUCUACAGAACUUAUUUGAUUUACUGUCUCUCGGGAGAGACGACUGGAAUGCCUAUGGGCACUCAAAUCGUUACUCAAAGGGAUGAUACGGAGUUUGUGAGACUUGGUCAAUUAGGUCAAAUCUUGGGCAUGACUUCUAAGGAGGUUGCGGAUGUUCAUAAAGGUCUUGCUGAGCAAGCAUUCAGUCAACAAGCGAAGGUUAUAUUGGCUGAUGGCCAGCUUAGCAAAGCCCGUAUGGAGCAACUCACGGAACUCCAGAAGCAACUUGGCUUGCCAGCAGAGUCUGCCAAGAAGGUCAUCGAGGGUAUCACCACAACAAGAAUGUCUGGUGCUAUCGAAUCUGCUAUUAACCAAGGAAGGCUGAAUGUUGAAGAAGUGAAAGAACUAAGGGAAGCUGGAGUGGACAUCGAUGGGAUGAUCCCUAAGCCAGUGAGGCAAAAGUUAUUCAAAAAGGUAGUCGACAGAACUCUAUCUUCAGGAACUGGGGACUUUGAUGAAGCCGAACUGUACGAGAAGCUGCCCGAAGAGCUAGGCAUUACCACAGAUGAAGCCAAGAAGAUGACGCUGGACCUUGCCAAAGAAAGGUUGUCGAAUUCUCUCAUUCAAGCGGUUUCACUCCUGCGACAAAAGAAACCGGCUGACGUGGUUUCCACUUUGAACAACUUGCUGGCGUGCGACAAGGUGUCCCCAUCACCUGCUCUGUCUUGGGCAGUCAAAGAUGAACUGCUAGAUCUCUUCUGCAUAUACGUGAAAGAUCCUCAGUCAGAUGAGAAAGUAUCGAGGUUACGAGAGCUACUUGGUAUUGACGAGUCCCAAGCGAAGAGCCUGCAAGAGAUGGUGUUAACUAAAGGAUUUUCACUAGGUUUAGAGGAGGAAGAGUUCAGUUUUUAGGUGAAGGUUUUAAAGUUCAGAUUUGAAGAACUAUGCCUGGUUACAAAUGUAGAAGAGUAGAGGUAGAAAUAAGGGAGGUUCGAAUAGGUUGAGUGUAAUGUAACAAAUUUUCAAGAACAUGGCACGAACUUGCACGGUUGCUAGAGCAUAGAUUACGAAGAUGAGUGAAUUGGUAAUGUAUUUGUAGUAACCAGCUCGUUAUAAGAAUGGCCAUGAAUCAACUGUUCCAAACCAAGUGCAGCAUUGGCGUGUUGUUCCAA